AUGUUCAACGACGACACUUUACGGGAGAAUCUAUUGCGUCUUCGCGGUCAAGUGCAUGACGAGGAGACGCUAAUCGGUCUACUCAGUCUUCCUCUCGAACUCCUUGGAUUUGUUACUUCGACUGUUGACCAGUCCGAGGGUUUAGACAAAAGAAAGAUUAAAAAAUAUAUACGGGAUUACCAAUCCUGUCUCGUCCGAGAUGUUCUACCCCAUUGGGUCGAGAGACUUGCAGAGAUGAAUAAAAUAUCCCUAGUCAAGACGUAUUUCAUCCCAAUCCCGAAGACAGAUGCGUCGAAAGAGGCUUUGAUAUCUUCUUACGACUCCUUGAUUGCACCUCCAAUACUUCAGUUCUCAGUGGACACACUCUGCGAACUCUGCGACGUCUUCACACCGCUUGAUGCAUUCGAACACCUCUUCGCUGGUAAUACGCCUGAAGGCAUCCAGGAAGCUGCCCAAACGUGGACCGACUUUAAUAAAUCCCUCUUCUCGAUUCCGGGGAGACUGAUGAACGCAUCUGUGGAGGAAAAAUUGGACAUUCCCGACCGACUAUUAUCAAAUCAAUUCUUCUCGGGUCUUUGCCUCUCGUUUCAUCAGCUACUGCAAUCUUCUCAUGUACAAUCCGAUAAAGGCAAACCUACAGGUGUUCACGUUGAAGCGGCAGCAUCGACACUCAGUCGAUUGGUUACGUUUGGUUGUUUUCCCCUCUCGAUGCCAAUUCUACCAACCGCGACGUCUUUCUGGAAGCAAGUACUUCAAAUCCUGAUAAAUCAACCAAAAUCCAUCAUUCUUGACAGAAAUAGCGGACAGCAGCAUAUCCUUAUUUCAAUCCUCGCCUGCAUCCCUCUAGGUCAGCAAAUCGCCAUCAUACAGUCACUGUUCGCGCAUUUAGAUAUCAUCACAUACAAAAAUCUAUCAAUUUCUAUCGCUGGGGUUGACGAUUCACCAACUCAUCGACUCGCCAUUAAACAGACCGCACUCCAACUUUCCAAUAUUGUAGGCUGGCCAAUGCAACUGAAAUCCGAUAGUUCUAUCACAAAUACGCGUGCUCCGUGGGACAGCACUCUUUGGUCACUCACUUCCACUAUUUUGGAUCGACCCAUCAGCCAGGGAUUGGCGAGAGCCAUUUCGUGCUGGUUCUCUCUGGGUCCGUCUCGUGAUAAAGCUUUGAGAAAGCUCCUUGAUAGAGCCGUCGAACUGUGGACUGAUGAGGAACAUAUCAAACACUCAACACUCGAUCGACAUAGAGUGGUCACCUGCCUGCUGUUGACGACCCUCGUCGAGCUGUUUGGCAACCUGCAGCAACCUCAAACGGAAAACUCAGUGUUCAGAUACCUAUCCACACUACCUUCAUUCGUGAAUGCCGUGGGCAUCUACAUCGGACACCUUGAUCCAAGCGUGAGGCGGUGCGGGUUAUUGGUGGCAGAGAUCAUUGCCCAGAAUGCCGGCGGAAAGCUUCAGUUCCAGGACUGGGAUGGGGAUGGGGAAGGAAGGGAAUGGGCCAGGGCAAUGAGAUCUCUGGCGAAUGGCAGAGACUCGGACGCCGAAGUUGAAAAAGGAGAUGCAACACCAUCUCUCUCACAAGAAAACUAUCAAAGCGCCCUAUCACCACCACUCCCUACUAAUUCGCAGACCAUCACCAUUGUUGACCAAACCGAAGACUCGGACGACUCACUAGAGGGUUAUGCUUCGUCUGAGCUCUCUUCACGGCCGCCCACUCCAACACCAGCUGUGGAGACCUUGGUCACAGAAGACCCUAAAUUGGAAUCACGAGAGCCAACCGUCGAGGAGGUCAAUGCAGAUCCGACACUCCUUGAUCCGAUGAAGAAGAAGAUACGGAGACCGGUCUACCUCUUGGACCUCGGAAAUUUAUUCAAAGUACCCAAGGAGGGAAGCGAGCAAGCGGAGAGUAUCCGGGUUGGACUUGAGAAUGCAUCUGCCCUGAUCCGCAGAAAGGCUCGAUGGGGCUCUGAAUUAGAGGAGAAUGCAGUAGACCUGGCAUAUACUAUCAUGGGCCUGCAAAACAAUUACGAUCUGGAAAACUUUGAUCUAAGCGUCCUUGAAGCAUUGACGGCGCUGGUCGCUUGCUGUCCCAAAAAGGCUGCCCCAUGCAUCAUUGAACAUUUCUUCACGCCGAGUUUUUCUGUCGGACAGCGCUUCAGGAUGCUGAGUGCAUUGGCUCUUGGGGCGCGAGAGCUUGCCGGAUUGCCAACGCCUCAACUCGCUGUCCGCGUCCUGGAGUUUCCAAGCCGACUCUUAGCACCACCUUCUCACAAAAAGUAUAUCACCUCGGAGGAUAUGGAGCAAGCUGAUGUCCAAAUACGAGGACUCGUUGAAGGAAUCAGUGCUGAAGCCGUCGAGAAAGGCAGAAAGAACGCAGAAGAAAGCGUACCUGAGAUCGUCAGGGAGCGACAACUUACCAUCCUAGGAGGACGAAACAAGAAACCUGGUAUCGUGGAGCUCAAUUCUUCGUCAAGACCAUCGCAGGAAGCAAAUGUCAAAGCAAGUGUCUCUUUCACCGAAUUGGCCUCUGAAUUCUUCAUAUCGCCUCUAAUAUCGAGGUUCUGGGUAUACCUUCAAGACUCGCUAGCCUACGAGGAUGCCCGCCGUCGGACUCGCUCAGGAGGAGGGUUCAGAGCUGCUGGAACGGGAAUGAUACUUAGUCCCCUUGUCCUUGCACACCUUGUCAACACAGUUGCUGUCUUAGCACACGCAGCACGGCAUUCUCCUGCGUAUCUUUCGAUCAUCGCCCCUGCGGCUCUGGAGCUUGCUGCGACUGUUGGCACAAGAAAGAUGUCUACAGAGCAAAGCUUUGCAUCCGGUGAUUCCUCUGAUGAAGAGCUCCGGCGGGAUUCCUCGGUUUUAUGCUCGGCUUUGGAGCUUGCAAUCGUCGUCGUAGACGCUUGCAUCGACCUAGAUGGUGGAAAAACAAUCGCUUCGGAAAAUGGAUCACUCGUCACGAGUGCAUCGAUAUGGGCAAACAAGACAUUUGAAACUGUGCAUAAAGGACUCCGGCUGGAAGGGAUGGGUGGUGAAAUGGAGAGGAGGUUGAGCAAAGCCAGCGCCGGGCUCGUCAUAAAGCUGGAAGAAGUGACGGCACGAUGGCACCCUAUUCCGCUGUUGCCGAUCUCAAGCGGUCUGGGUCUUGCAACUUGCGCCGAGUUGGCUAAAUGUGGUGCUUAUGUGGCCACUCUGGACAUUCAGGAUCUACCGGAUGCGUAUCAACGAGGAGGAGGGGAUCACAUUCGAUACUUCAAGGCGGACUUGACGAGGGAUUCAGAGAUUGCAGAAGCCGUUAGUCAGGCUGUCAAAUGGUCCAAGGAGACGGGUGCAAAGCUAGGAGGCGUUAUUAACUGUGGAGGAGUUGCUACAGCAGCAAAGAUGGUCACUUCGGAUGGGACGCCCCACUCGCUGGAUCUUUUCGAGUUUGCUUUGAACAUCAACGUUGUUGGAACGUUUAAUCUGACUCGGCGAGUACUGGAGCACCUUGUGCACAUCGAGCCUGAAGGGAAAGAUGGAGAACGAGGAAUAGUCAUUAUGGUCGCGAGUGCUGCAGCGUUUGAGGGGCAGCAGGGUCAGGUUGCUUAUGCAGCCUCGAAAGGCGCAGUUCGAGCAAUGACUCUGCCCAUGGCUCGAGACCUGGGUCGAUUUGGCAUUCGGGUGAACACUAUCGCUCCCUCUCUGUUCAUCUCGCCCAUGACAGAAAGGAUGUCAGAAAAGGUUCACAAGUCACUAGAGCGGGAGCUGGUCUUCCCACGACGAUUUGGAGAGCCGGAAGAGUUUGCCCAUACGUGCAAGAUGGUGAUUGAGUCUACCUAUCUAAAUGGAGAGACAAUUCGUCUGUCUGGUGGCGCAAGAAUGCCUGGACGGUUGUAA